UUCCACUUUACCAGUGAGCUUGAGCUCGAGACCUCGGUACCCUUGACUCCCAGCUUGAAUAGUCCUCUCCGCAUCACAAAUACGGCUACUUGGCUCACAUACUUGGUAUCAUUUGAUGUCGAUACCUCGUCAACUGCCCAUGCAGACCUGACUGCGUUACCUGGUACCAGGCUUAUCGCCUCUUUCUCUCCCGUUACCAAGGCCUCGAGCAAAGAUUGUGAACAAAAUCUCAGUGUUCUACUGCCAGUUUGCUCUGCCCCCCAGUCAAAGGAGGAUGGCCUGAAAAUUUGUGCUAGAUUCCGCCUCUUCGAGCCGUUCCAGUCAACUUGCUCCAAACAGACACAGGUUUUGAUUCUAUUAUUGUUUCCAUGA